UGCUACUAAUAAUUUUCAUGUCAUAAAACCUCUCAUACUCUAAGCCAUCACAUUUUAGGUGAUAAUAACAUUACUUCUACAUCUUCUAUAUGUUUGCUUACUUCACAAGCUUCUCAUAACUUCUAUACUUGCUUCUACGUUUGUCUUUAGGUCCUAUUCUUUAGACUUUUUUAUUCUAUGAAGUUUUAAUUGCCAUAGAAGUAGAAAAUAGAAACCAUGAUGUUUAUAGAACUCCUCUUGUGAGUGAUAGUAUAUAAUAUAUACUUCAUCUUCAAGUUUAGGUGCAAAUGAUUGAUGCGUAGCGUCUGUGAGUGCUGUAAACUCUAGGUAUUGUAUUGUAUUUGAUUCGUAUCGAUAAAAAAGAGCUAAGGGUGGUUAUUUUUUUUGCUAUGGCUUCUCUUGGAAAUCCAAAAGCUUGGGUUCCAUAUAUGAACAACAAAGAUUGUUCUCAAGGUUUUUGUAGCUUCUAUUGUCCACAAUGGUGUUAUGCAAUUUACCCUCCACCUCCACCUUCUCCCUUUGAAUUCCCUGAUGAUGAUUCAAGUUCAAAUUUCUCUCCUCUUGUUAUUGCAAUCAUUGGAAUCUUAGCAAGUGCUUUUCUUCUUGUCACUUACUACACCAUAAUCUCCAAAUACUGCGGCCGAAGAGGAUCAUUGUCUCAAAGCGAAUCACGCGAAACAAAUGAUGAACUCGAAGACAAUCAUCACCAUAACCACUCAAUCCAUGAACCAUGGCAUCUUACAACAAAUGGCCUAGAUGAAGCUUUGAUUAAGUCAAUUACAGUUUGCAAGUACAAAAAGAAUGAUGGAUUGGUCGAUGUAACGGAUUGUUCGGUAUGUCUCAACGAGUUUCAAGACGACGAAAGUAUUCGACUUUUACCUAAAUGCAGCCAUGCUUUUCACCUUCCUUGUAUUGAUACAUGGCUCAAAUCUCACUCGAAUUGUCCUCUUUGUCGCGCUACCAUAUUCGCCUUCAAUGCUUCGAGUUCAAGUGCUGCAACACUUCAUUUAGCAGCACCGGUUACCAUCGAACAAUCUUCAAGGAAUGAAGUUUCUUUAGAAAAUCAACAAUUGAAUGAAAUUGUAGAUGUUGAAAGACACAAUGAAUUUCAUGAAGUGGAAGAAGUUCCGAUUCCUAAGACUCAAUUUCGCGCUCUAAGCGAUAUAGGAAAUUUAAGAGGAAGGCAUAGUGUGAUUGAGAUUAGAGACAAUGAAGACUAUCAUGAAUCGAUUCGAAGAUCGGUUUCUAUGGAUCAUUCAUUUCAAAGUGGUAUUUCAGUUAUUGAUGAUGCUAAUGUUAUGCAUAUGAAUGAAGAGCAAGAUUGUUCCCAAGUUGAAGGUUCAUCAAAGAGAGUAAGAGAUGAAAGUGAAAGUAGUAAGUGUAGUUAUAGAAGAAAGGUUUUGCACUGUGUUUUGAGUCCAAUUGCAAUGAAGAGAUCAUUUUCAAGUGGAAGAUUUUUCCUUAGUAGAACUGGUAGAGGAAGGCUUGGAAUUUUGCAUGUUUGAGAAGUUUUCCUUUGUAAUUUUCUUUUACUCUUUACUUUAUGAAAGCAUCAUGAUGUAGUAGAAAAUUAAAGAUUGAACAAAUUUUUGUGUGAAGAUCUAUAAUUAA